GUGAGCGCCCGCCCCGCCCUGCUCCUCCCGGGUCACCUGCCCGCGAAACUUGCUGCGAGUGAGUGGCCGCUUCUGGGUGGCCGCGGGGCGGGGGUCACGGAACCAGGCCAUGGGGGAGAGGACAGGGCCGCGGGAGCCCCGGACCCGGCCGAGAGAGCGCGACUCCCAGCGGCCUCCCCGCCCGGAGCGCGAUCGCCGCCCCGAGCGGCCCCGGGACCGAGCAGGGGAGCGGCGCGGCGGGAGGGACGGCGGCCGGGAGCCGCGGCUCGAGGAGCCCCGCACCGCCCAACAAAGACACGGGGACCGGUCCCGUCACGGCCGAGCGCGGGACCCCGGCAGGAGCCCCGCCUGGGACGCAGCCCCGCCCCCCUGGCCCGCGCCCUGGGAAACCCCGGAGCCGCUCGCCUCCAGGAACCAGGGUUUCGAGCGCCGCGCACCCCAAAGGGAACCCACUUCAGAAAGGUAUCUGCCUUCAAAACCCAGGCCUGAACAAGAGGAAGUGGAAUAUUACCAGUCAGAGGCUGAAGGACUGCUGGAAUGCCAUAAAUGCAGAUAUCUGUGCACCGGGAGAGCCUGCUGCCAAAUGCUGGAGGUUCUCCUGAACUUGCUGAUCCUGGUCUGCAGCUCUGUGUCUUACAGUUCCACAGGGGGCUACACAGGCAUCACUAGCCUGGGGGGUAUUUACUACUACCAGUAUGGAGGAGCAUACAGUGGGUUUGACGGUGUUGAUGGGGAGAAGGCACAGCAGCUGGAUGUCCAGUUCUACCAGCUAAAGCUGCCCACAGUCACCGCAGCCAUGGCCUAUAGCGGAGCCCUAAUGGCCUUCUGCUGCCUCCUCAUUGUCUCAGGCAUCAUGCGUGUCCCAUGGCACUGCCCCCUUUGGCUGGUGGUGGAAGGCCUGCUGGACAUGCUCAUCACAGGGGCUUAUAUCCCAGCCUUGUACUUCUACUUCCACCAUCUCUCUGAAGCCUACACCUCCCCCGUGUGUCAAGAAAGGGAGGCUCUGUACCAGAGCAAGGGGUACAGAGGCUUCAGCUGCACUUUCCAUGCAGGAGACAUAGGAGCUGGAAUCUUUGCCACCCUAGGCAUUGGGGUCUUUGCCACAGGGGCUGUGCUGACUGUCCAGGGUUACCGAAAGGUCAGGAAGCUGAAAGAGAAGCCUGUAGAAACGUUGGUGUUUUAAGCUUUUAAAAAUGUUGUCAGACCAGCAAGAUAACACAGCCAUCGUACACAGGACUGCAGGUUCAAUCGCCAGCACCACCAGCCAGAGCUGAGCAGUGCUAUGGUCAAAAACUAAUUAACUGAUUGACUAAUACUAACAACCUAAUUAGUAAGGUAGUCAAUUAAUUAAAAUAUGCUGCCAGAUAUAAGUGAUGGCAGUAGCCCUGAACCACUAUCUUCCAUUUGUUGUGGAACUUGUCAGCUUUGGAAAAGAUAACAGGCCAACUUUGCAUGCUGGAUGUAUGUGACUUGAGUUUCAGGAGCUGCACUCUCUGCUGUCAUGAGCCCUAGUUCUGGGGUCUGUGUUGGUGAAACAAAAGUUUUGUUGUUUUGUUUAUACUCCCAAACUACAAAUCAAGACCCACAAGGAAAAGGCACAUGGUGUAUUUCUUGCUUAAAUAAAGGGAAAUAACCACGACAAUUUGAAGAACCUUGAUUUCAAAGUUCAUGAAACACCACAUGGGCAUGAGAUAACUUAUCAGCCUGAACUGUUCUAAACAUUGCUGUCUUAAGCAGAUUAGGACUCAGUUUUUCUCCACAUGGGAUUCUGGUUCUUCACUUCCUUGAUGCUCUGGAUAGGAGGAGGGUAGGGGUGGGUGGAGUGGGGAAGAAGCUAGGGAGACCAGGUCUGGAAGACUGAAGUUAGAUAGGCGUGGGCUGAGUAAAGAGAGAUCAGAUUAUUUUACUGGGUUGUAAAGAAGCUACUCUACAAUGACCUUGAAAGCUCACUCAAUAAGUGUUUUGUGUUUUUUUGUAAAUGUACCAUUGUAUGAAGAAUUAAAUCUGGAAUUUAGGACCCAAUGUGGGUAGGAAAAAAAAAAAAAAACAUCUUUCUCAACAGAAGACUGAGACUGAGCCAAACAACUUCAUGGGUUCAUAAUUAUUGCAUAUUAAACUACAGCUGAUGGCACAUUACAGUAGAUUUUUGGUGCAAGUGAAUGUGUUGUUUGCUUUAUGUAAAUCCAAUAAAAGUCCAAAGAAAAACUUUAA